GCGUUCCGAACGACGCAAGCUCGAAGUUCAAGCGGAAUAGAGAGCCUCCCUCCCGGCAAAGCUAGUUUAUGCCCGGCGUAUUCCCUCACCCCUGAUACUCACUUUCUCUCUCUCCUUCUCUCUUCCUCCCUCCUUCCUUUUCGUCCUCGUGAGGCACGGCAAUCGGACAAGAUGAGCGACCAGGAGGAUCUGGAUUAUUACAUCAUGUUUCCGUCGUUCCCGCCGUCCCCGAAGGAUCCGACGUUGGCCACGACCGGGCAGGAUCAACGAGAGGAGUUCGUGUUUGUGUACGAGGAGGAUAAGCGACCGGUCGUGAUCUUACUAGGAUGGGCCGGCUGUCAGGACCGAUAUCUAGCCAAGUACAGUGCAAUCUACGAGGAGAAAAGUUGCAUUACGUUGCGCUACACAGCACCGGUGGAGUGCCUGUUUUGGCGCCGUGACAAAAUGCCUUACAUCGGCAAGCGGCUGCUGCAGGUGAUCACUGACAAGCGACUGGACGAGCAUCCGAUAUUCUUCCACGUCUUCAGCAACGGCGGCGCGUUCCUCUACCAGCAUGUCAGUCUCGCGAUGCAGAAGGCCAACAUGCCGUUCAAGGUCAGAGGUGUGAUAUUCGACAGUGCGCCUGGCGAGAGAAGAUUAACGGCGCUUUUCAAGGCGAUUAGCGCGAUCAUCGGUGGCCAUCCUCUCACGAAUUUACCGAUGUCUUUUAUUAUCACGUUCUUGCUCUCCGUACUCUGGUUCUUCGAGGUAAUUGCGCAGGCAUUCAGCAGAUCGCCUAUUCCGACGAAUCCGAUUGCUCUCGCCGAAGAAGCCUACUCCUGGCCUCAGCUGUUCCUAUACUCCAACAGCGAUACCUUGAUUCCAGCGUCUGAUGUGGAGAAAUUCGCCAGCCGACGAGCCGAGCGAGGUGUGCGGGUGCAGCUGGUCUUGUUCACCAAUUCACCGCACGUCAAACACUAUGCGACCUACCGCGAUGUCUACGUCAAUACCGUAUGCGGCUUCAUCCACGAAUGCUUGAUUUCGCCGAGUCCAUCAAGGAGUCUGAUGUCAUCUCUGGAUCACGACGACAAUCACGACUCUCAAAACUACGACGCGCCGCCAGGGCUUACCAAGCGCGUCGUGUUGCCUCACGAGGCCACCAAGCAGCAGAAUUAGAAUAAUCGAAAGACGCUAAUAGGUAGAAUAAUCAUUCGCUGAAGAAUCGUACUCAAUCGCGAUCUCGCAGUACAGAUGUACAGAUGCGAAGGAAGAGAGGAUCGAUACGAUUAACUUUUACAUAUAUGUACAUCUAUAAAAAAACCGGGCGAAUUAAAAGGAAAUAUUUUGCACAAACGUGAUUUCCUAAUCUUCAUCGUUAAAAGUUGACUUCUAAAUUAUUAAAAUUUUUUUAUUUUUUUUUUUGUGCAUUCUCGUCUAUUCAUUAAUUCUGGAACAGAACGAUUACGAGUAAGGAGAUUAGUUUCUUAAUCAGAAUCAAAAUAAAUUAAAACACAAGUAAUAAUUAUUAAAAUUUAAAAAACCGUAAAUUUAAAAAGCAUUGCUGCUGAACUUUAAAGAUUACAAUUUCAAAAUUUCCAAUUUAGGUAAAUUGCUUUUUUAGGUAAGUUGUUCUUUUUAAUUCGCUCAUUUUAUAUGAUGUCCUAGAUGCUGGAAACGGUGCUACGUUUAUUGAUGUACAGAGCUAUUUUAUGCAAAGAGUAUUAUUAUAUACAAGUGAAAUUUAUCUAAUUGUAAGUAGAGAACGCAAAUUUUAUGAACUAAGCGAGAGCACACACACACACACGGUGGCGUAAGAUCUUUCAAAUUCUAUUAAGUAUAUUUUAAAAUAUUUUGUAAAUGUAUUUAAAAUCUAAAAAUUGUUAUUAAGUAGAAUGUAUUUUAAUUUGCAUCAGUUUAUUCCAGCAUUGUUAUUUUUACGAACAGAUUAAAUGUCACGCGCAUUGCUCAAAUAUUUCUUACAAUUUGUAAAGCUUAGGAGACAUAUUGCAAUAUUCCUAUUGUAUUCGAUAUAACUUUCAGCAAUUGAAAUUAAUUUCUGGGUGAGUUAUAUGCACUGUUUGCGGCAUCAUAAGCCUUGAGUUAAAAUUUUCUCACUUUUGUACAGACGGAGAAAGAACCGAUUCCACGUCCUCUCUCCUUCGCCGCAAUCCCUUUCGCAUUAUUCCCCCAGCUUGAUUCUUCCUUGCUAUCUUCCAUUAUUUCUUUCGCCACUGCGUGUGCGAGUAACCGCUACUUUAGAAGCUCGUAAACUUAUUGUUAGACACGAAUGCAUCUGUGUGUAUGCAUCUCGUAUAAUAAUCUAGAUGACAAAUCUCGCUUUUGGACGAGUAUGUAUUUUUCUUCGACAAGACGAUGAUGCGAAGGCACGUCGAGGAUUAAGAGAUAUUUCUAGGACAAAAAAUGGAUGCGUCUAUAGAUUAUACGCAAUAUUACGCAACGUUAUUGCUUUCAUUCGUACUUUUUCCUACACCAAAGAAGGAAUUCGCACAAAAGAAUCAAGCUGGACUUGAUUUAGCUUCCGCUAUUCACACUCCGAGUGCAUGGCAUUUAAUAUUGACUCGAGAAUAAAAAAACGAAAAAAUUCUUGUGUCUCGAAACUAAUAAUGAAUUUUUCGAAACUUCAACGCUCGGGAGUAUAGCUGUAUCAGAUGUCGUUAACAUCUCUCUAUACUAUAUAUAUAUAAUAUAUACAUAUAUAAUAUAUAUGUAUAAUAUAAAUAUAUUUUGAUCUGUCGAUUAGUUAUACAAAUAAAGACUGAUAAAUAUCUACAAUGCUUCAAUUUCAUUUAAUGUUUCACUCAUCAUAAUAUGCCUAGGAGCAACUGAAAGAAAAUUUACUUUACAAGUAAUAAAUAUUUAUUUGUUUAUUAUUGUAACGCAAAAAACAUUUAUUUGCUCCUCGAUUCGGUAAUAUUUCAGUGUUUUUCUUUUGUUAAAUCAAAUGUCAGUUAUAUGAUAUUGUCUCGCGAGAUCAGACAUUAAGAUUACUAAUAUUCAACAUAUAUGAUCCAUGGAUUUAUUAUUUUCAUCAAACCAUUACUUGGCUUCUAAGCUUUUUAAAAGCGUACGUAUAGAUUCAAAAAAUAUAUAACUUUUGCAAGAAAAUUGAGGAAAACUUAAGAUUUCAAUAAAUUACAGAAUCAACAGAAAUCAUCGAAACCGUUUUGAAUUAUUUUUGUAUUUCAUUGCGUAUUGCAUUUUUUUACCGCAACGAAUCUAAACUGUAUCCGAUCCAAUGGACAAAAUUGCGAGGAGUAUAACAGAAUUAACGCUCUGACCGUUUUCAUUCAACAAACAGAACAAGAACAACAAGAGAUAUUAUCGAACGUGGUUAAAUCAAAAGACAAAUUAGCUGUUUCUUCUAUAACAAAGUAAGACCAUAAAAAUUAUACAUAUUUGAAUACAAAUGGAUAACAUAAUCAAAACGCAUAACAUAAAGUUUCAGUAACCUUAAAAAAUCAUGCCAGUACAAUCAAAGAAAAGCUAAAAAGACGGCUUCACUUAAUGAUUCUUCGUUUAAGAAGAAUGAAAAUGAGCAAUGUUUUGAAAAAUACAAUUGCACAGAUGCUGACACAAAGUAAAAUUAUUAAUGCUUGUAAUUUGUGUUCUUGAAACAUGCUUAUUAGUUCUUAUCUAUAUAUAAAGUUACUGAAAUCUACAGAAUACAUCUUAAUAAAGACGAUAAACAUAAACCAUCAGAAUUCUCGCGAGAUUUCAAAGCGCACGGUAAUCAAACCAAGAACAAUCUGGAUUCUCAAAAUAUAAAAUUAAAUGCCAAUUUUAAUAAAAAAUUACAAAUCAA